GCUCAGCGGGAGCGCACGAGAGGAGCGCACGAGAGGAGCGCAAAACAAACAAACAAAAACCAACAAAAAAAAAAAAGAAAAACAAAACCGCUGGACUUUUUUUUUUUUUAAAGGAAAAAUAAUCUUUCACAUCCAAGUCACGGACCAAUGUUGCUGCCUUCUGUCUGAAGGAAGGAUCUGUGGAGUUGUUGGACUCUAAACCGAAGAUUAGAUGAUUCUUCAGAGCGAGACCAGAUGUGAUUCUGGUUUUGUCCCAGCGCCACCCUCCAUGAGAUGUCCAAAUGCCAGCUGACCUCUGACCCUCGCACCAUGGACGUCCGUCUGCAGGCCGACCCUCAGCUCCACCACGCGGUCAACGGGGGGGCCGGCCGAAACCCCAGGCCAGGCGAAGAUGAUGCCCUGCAGUUUCUGAGCCAGGAGGAGCAGGAGUGCAUCCAGUUCUUUGAGGACACCAUCGUCUCACUGGAGGAGAGUCUGGAGGAGGACGACCGGAGGCCCAGGCAGGUGAAGCCUGCCGCGAGCAGCCGCGGUCCUGUCGAAGAGGUCGAUGGACCCCCAACAUCCAGUCCCAAACCUGGCAUCACUGUGUCUUCCAUCCUGGCCAGACCUCUCAGUCCCAAAGACCAGGAUAUUAUUGACCUGGUCCGCCCAGAACCGGACUUGGUGCAGACCAAAGAGCCCAUCUUCAGUCCCACCCAUCCAGAUUUUCAGAGUAUGAUGCCAACCCCUGAAAGCCACUUCGAGAUAAAGCCAAGGCGUGAUCCGAUGGCCAGCUUGCCUUCAGAGUACAACCCUCCCCUACCGAGCGGCAGCUAUGGGCCGACAGACAGCCACCCCUCCUUCCAGCCUCCAGGCUGUAUCCCCACCCCGGUCCUGAUUGCCCAGAAGAUAGCUGAGAACCAGGCCGCUGGAACCUCCAACCUCCUUCCCUCCUCACUCCUCCGCCGUCACAGCCUUGAGUCUCAAAAGUCAACGAGCUCCAGCGCAGAUCUUCCCAUGAAACAGGGUCCUCCUACCUCUGCUAAGCCUACCCGCUUCCCUGCUAACAUCAGCGUAAUCCUCGGCAACAAGGAGCACCAGAAUCAGUCUCUGGCUAAUGUGAAAAUCCAGGAGAGACGGGCGCAAAUGCUGGCAAACCUCACAGGAACAUCACACCCUCUGCUGCAGGAAGAGGGUGUGGAUCAGAGGGCUCGAAAUAUUCCCAACCGCAGCAUUUCCUUCAGGGACCCCACACCUAACAAAUCCAGGAUGGAGGCCCUGUCUAAACUGGGCCUUAACGGGAACCGAGCCAUGUCUGGGGGUAUGUCGCACCUUCCUAAAAGCACCUCACUGGAUCCCCUCACAGGCAUAGAAACCAGUGACAAACCUCUGGAGGCCACUGUUACCCCAACAACAGAAACCAGCACCAAAUUGCCAGAAGCCAAUGUUACGACACCACCUCUGAGCCAGAUUCAUACCGAUGGAAAAACAGAGAUUCUGCGGACAAAUUUGCUCAGAAGCCAAGAAGAAAGAAACCCCCAACUGAGCCCCUCACCUCCUGCAGUCACCCAAAGCAGUUACUAUCCACCUCCUUUGGAAAACAAGGCAUCUGUCCCCCCUCCGCCUGAGGUCACCUCGCUGGAAUUUAACAGCUAUGGAGGAAAAUCCAUUUUAGUAAACCCUUCUGUUUCUUCCAGGAGUGAACCUGCAAGCUCUCCAACUUGCCAUGAACCAAAAAUCCUCCCACCUGCAUUGGCUAACCCCAGUGAGUUCAACAUAUACGGAGGAAAGACCAAAGUCCUGACCCCUGCUCCUGUGACCAGGAACGACCUUCCUGACAUCCUCAGCUCCCAUAUUGACAAGAGUCAAACCUUGCCCGCCAAAUCGGAGCCGCUACCCAGUGAUCUUAACAGUUAUGGAGGGAAGACCCGAACCAUAAACCCUUCCACCGGACUAAAUCGCCGUUCAGACAGCCCGGCAAGGAACUUCAAAGCUCCAGCCCCGACCCCGGCUCCAAGACCUCCUCGGCACUCAUACCACGGCGCCGUUACUCCCCAGAAAGCAGCACAACGAGCCUUGUCCCCUGAUCAAAGGCAGAGAUCUGGCUCCAUGUUUCGUCCCCAGGGCAUCACCGUGCAGUUUUCUGGACGGGGCGCGACGAACGAAUCGCGCAGGGAGGCGUUGAGGAAACUGGGGCUGCUGAAAGACUCUUGAUAAACUCGGGCAAUUCGUUCUUCAGUCUUCACCUGUCGAGCCUGAAUCUCUGGUAUAUGCCUGCUGGUGGAGGUGGUAUGUUAGAAGUUGUGAAUGAGUGUGAGGUGUGGUUGGAGAGACACAUACUUUUACAGAGGAAUGGAGCCAGAUCCCACCAUAGACCUGCACAGCCAGUUCUCAAUUCCUGGCCAUAUAAGCAACUGACAAACAAGUAUGGCACUGUGCAGCUGCUGCACACUGGACACUGUUUCAGUGGUACAAGUCUUGGCAGGUAACUUGUUACCUGCUCGUCAUAUACCUCUGCACAAGAUAUUUUGGGGCAAACCGAUCGUUCUCCUGUCUCACUUUUCUUUGACACAAAUUAAGCUGACUGUGAAUAGCCAGAUUUUUUUUUUUAAAGCUGGGGCCCAUUUCCUAAAAAACAUCUCAAAGAAAAAGGCUGGAGAUAUUUGUUUUAUCUUAUUGUCAACCAAUCCAAUGAAAAGACCAAAACCAACAACGUGUUAGCGUCAGGCACUCAGCUCCCAUUGGUUCCUAAAUGAAAAGGUAAAUCUUAAAAAAAACGUCUCAUAAAUAUAUAGUUUCAUUUUUAAAAGAGGAUCAGUGAUUCCCUUAAAGAGCUGAGCACUGUAGUUUUUUAGAAAAUGUUGACAGUAGUUGGUGAGAAAUGAUCACAGUGGGAAAUAGUACUUUUGCUAGGGACUAUUUUUCAGUGGCGGAUUAACACACCUUUGAUAUCCUAGGGAGUGUUUCCCAGAGCAGAACGAUGAAUGAGGCAUAGAGUCAAAAUAAACUACAGUGGGACUAAGACCAUCUUUGCCUUAUGGCGCUCUUCGGAAAGGGGGCCCAUAUUUAUUUAUUUUUUUUAACAUCAGAAAUAAGGCUGGACCCUCAGGACCCAGAGCGGGCAUUUGUUUGGAUAUAUGCUAAAUCACAAUAUAAAUAGAAAUGAAAAAGGCCUUAAAUUGGCUCCUUAAUUUGUAUCCACUUCUGACGCCUUAUCUUGAAGCAGGGCCCUGUGUCAAAAUCUAGUUUUAAUACCAUUAAUACUUCAGUUUUUUCAAUAAAUGUAUUCUUAAUCAAACUGACACAAGCUCACUGACACCCUGCAAACUUGAGCCCCAUGAAUAGAAUCAUUCAUGGGGCUCUGGGAAAUGUAUGGCAUAUAUAUGGCCAGGGAAGCCAGGGGGUCAGUGGGGGGCCCACAGCUCCAUUUUGCCCCAGGGGCCCCCUUAUACGUUAAUCCGCCCCUGGUGAAAAUGUAUGUUUUUUUUGGUUGUAAAAAGAUACUUAUAACCCCAAUUUACAGAGAAAGAGAUCCAUUUGCUACAGUGCAAACACAGCUCAGCAAUGAAAGGUGAGGAGAAAAAUUAAGAGGAAAUGCAAAUGAGCCGCUAAUUCUGCACAAGAUUGAGUGGGGUUAAAUUACUAUAGUAUUUAGGCUGCAGAUUCUAAAGAUUCUAAAAAAUGCAAAUUGCUAAAAAAAGUAAAAACUGAAAAUGACAAACGUCAUCAAACCCCAUACACAGAAAAGACCUCCCGACCUUUGUUCCUGUAUUCAGUUUAAGUUAUAUUGUUUGUUUUAUGGUGUCAGUUUCCCUCUAUCGGCUGUCGGCAAAGCCAAAUUAUUUUUCAUGCACAGGCUGUGAAGUCUUUAUCCCCCGUUACAUGGGAAAAAUCUUCUAUUUUCCGGUUUGUUUACCACCUUUGGGCCGUGAGUUGCUCUGUGUCCUUUUUUUAAAACAUUUUUUAAUUUCCUUUUUCUGUCAGGGCUUUCAGGCCAGAACAAAGCUGAAAGCAUUUUAGAAUUUUAUUACUUCUUAAAUGACCAAAACUAUAUUGUAAAGGCUAUACAGAGGCAUGUGUUGAUGUCCUGGACUAAUGGUGGUGCAGAGGUUGAAGUGAAAAAGGAGCAGGGUUUUUCGUGGACGACGUAAAGCCGAGCUGAGCUGGAGGAUAUUUUUACCCCACGGACAAACCUCCCACACCAAACCACAGACUGUGGAAUGGGUUUGUGGGCAGGACUUCUACUUUUUCACAACGCAGAGGGAGUACUUCAAAACACUGCGCUUUAGGGAUGGGCAAGCACAUGGCAUUGUACAGAACACAAGCACUAAAACCACAGAGUCUAGAAAUACAUCUUGGGUAACUUAUGUGUUUUAAUCCCUGUCGAGCUGUUGUCGAUAACUCUGCUGUUUCAGACAUAUUUAAGUGUGUUAUUUAAACUGUUGUAGCGGCAUCAGCAUGAAUUUGUGUGUGUGUGUGUGUGUGUGUGUGUGUGUGCGCGUCUGCGUAUGUAAGUCUACCGUGUUUAAUCCAGACUCCGGCCUCUGUAGUCCGGCUACAGUAACUUCUGAAGUAUCUUUUGUUUCACAGUUUGUAAGAACUCCUGUGUGAGGAUUUUUGUGAAUUUUGUUUACAGACUCCGGUUCUCUGUAGUGCAGCUACAGUCAUUUUGAAGUAUCUAAUGGUGCAUGCAUACACUACAUAACUAUGUCUUAUAUAACACACCGUACUUUACAGGGAAAUGCUUCUGCAGAGUGUACAGAUUUGCACAGAACAAGGAUAAAAAGUGCGUCGACGUGCGGGGAAACGGGAAGAUCGGUGUCCGUGUGGAAGUCGCUGCUAUGGUUCAACAGCCUGGUCUACUCUCUGACUUGUGAAAUGUCCACAUGACUUUAUAUACUGUAUGCUCUGCUUAAUAUAUCUAAAGUUGAAUAAAUAAA